ACAGCGCGGGAUUAUCUCGCUCCACGUCCUCCCAUCCGGGGAGCGGACGAAAAAAAAAAAAGCUCGCGUUUACACCACACGCCGACCGAAGAGCGAUGGAGGAGCUGCCGUCGGCGGUGGUGCUGGAGAUACUGGGCCGGCUGGGCGACGCGGGCGACCUGGCCCGGUGCCGGCUGGCCUGCCGCGCCCUCCGCUCGCUCUCCUACCACGUCCCCUCCGUCCGCCUCCGCUGCUCCCCCUCCGCCGCCGCCGGCUCCGCCUCCACCUCCGCCUCCGCCCUCCCCUUCAAAACCCUCGCCCUCAACCUCGUCUCCCUCCUCGCCCCCUCCCUCCUCCGCCUCUCCCUCGCCGUCGACCCCCCCUCCUCCUCCUGGGACGACGCCGACCUCGACUCCGACGCCGACGACCUCCACCUCGCCGCCGCCGACUUCCUCUCCCGCUGCCUCCCCCCGCUUGCCCCCCGCCUCCGCUCCCUCGCCCUCUCCGACUACUGGGCCCAGUCCUGCUGGCGCCGCUCCGACGCCCUCGCCGUCAUCUCCCUUCUCUGUAACAACCUUGUUGAAUUGGAGGUGAGAAAUGCGUGGCUAUCGGUCAACGGCCUUAGAUGUAUGCCGAAACUGACCAGUCUAACACUGGAAUUCAUCAGACUCGAUGACGAGAACAUCGACAGGCUGAAUGAGUGUUUCCCUUCCCUCCAAGUCCUUAACCUAAUUGGGGUCGGGGGCCUUAAAGAGCCCAAACUCCAUCUCCCUCAACUAAAAAAGUGCCGCUGGACCAUUUCCAGCAUCCCGCUCAACUCGACUAUAGUUGCACCCAACUUGGUCGAGCUCGAGUUCACGAGCGUGGAACCGAAGAUACUCAUUCUCGAGACUCCAUCACUUUCUGACCUCAACCUUAUUAUUGUAAAACCUAGUGCCACCAUCGUUGGAGCCGAGAAGUGCCUCAGCCUGCGUAAUCUGAGGAUUGAAUCGUUUGGUAUACCUGGCCUUGCGCGCAUGUUUGGGGGCAGCCAGAGUUUAAAAAGACUGGAAAUCGAGAUCCCGAGGAGAACCAGAACUGAUGAAUUAUAUGAAGCCCUCUCUUUAAGCGAUCUACUUAGGAAUUUUCCCCAUCUGGAUGAACUUACGGUGGGCCCCGAGGCGUGGUUUGAAUUGCAAAAGCCUUGCAAUAUUUUAACUAGCACUGGAUAUUCGAGGUGUCUGAAGAAACUAACAGUGCAUCUUGAACCGUCGGAUUUCGACAUUAAAUUCAUGGCCCUUUUCUUGAGCUUGUGCGGACCGUUAUGUGAAGUGACCAUUCUUUUCUUCGACUCUUCCGAAGCCGCAGCUAGGGAACAAAUCGUCACAAAGUGUGCUAGCGAUUUCCCGAUGGUCAGGUGGAAAUGGGGCACCCGAAAGAAACCAAAUCGAAAUACCUUGUGAUAUGCUUGAUGUUCCAGCAACACGUAGGUCAAAUUGGUUAGGUUUUCUUUGUGAAAUACCUUUUCUUUUGUUGUUGUGCGUAUGUAGUAUUACCAGCUAGUUUGAUCAGUGUUUGGACAAAAGGAGGUGGGUUCUACUUGGGUGUAAUGUAAUAUAGCAGUGGAUAGCUUAAAACAUGCAAAACUACAUAUCAUUUGGUGUAAACUUAAUCCUUUCUAUUA